CACAUGAAAAAAAAAGAAAGAAGACUUGGUAGAGUUGACUAGGUUGCUUCUUCGUUCCCUCUCUGGUCUUCACUGUACUCUCAAUUCAGCUCACUAAUCACUAUUAUAAGUGUCUACAAAUCCAUCAAACACACUUGCAACUCCAAUAUUUUUCUUCAAUAUUUUUCUCAAGUUUGAAAGAGAUUAAGUGUUGAUCUGCUACUUACUUACUUCCAUACACUAAAUUCAGAUCUCGACAGGAUGAAAGUAGUGCUGAAGUUAGAGUAUCUCGAUGAAAGAGUCAAGCAAAAGGUCAUGAAAAAAGUUUCAGUCGUGGAAGGGGUAGAUUCAAUAUCGAUGGACACAAAGGAUAAGAAAUUGACAGUAACAGGAAGCGUAGAUCCAGUUGAAUUAGUUAAAAAAUUGAAGAAGCUGUGUCACACUGAGAUAGUCUCUGUUGGACCAGCAAAAGAGGCAGAGAAGAAGAAAGAUGAACCGAAGAAAGAGGAAGCAAAGGAGACGGCUGAGAAGAAGAAAGAGGCAUUAGCAGCAAUAAAGGCAUAUCCAGCUCCAGUUUACUAUCAAUAUCUGCAACCUAAUCAGCAUUACCCAACGCCUGUUCCUGCUCGUUAUCAUCACUAUUACAGUGUGGAAGAGGAUCCAAAUUCUUGCGUUAUCUGCUAACUUUCAGUCUUCACAUUUGUUGGAAAUAAAUCCAACAGUAGGAAUUUUAAGUUGUUAAGGAUUAAUUUUUGGUAUUUAUUUAAUUCAAAUCUAUUUAGUAGUUAUUUGUUUUAAGAAGGUUUUAUAGUCCUAAUUUAAUUUGGUAUGUUAGUAUUAUAAAUAAAAAUGUCUUAUUAUAUAUUUAACUAUUUAGUAGUUAUUUGUUUUAAGAAGGUUUUAUAGUCCUAAUUUAAUUUGGUAUGUUAGUAUUAUAAAUAAAAAUGUCUUAUUAUAUAUUUAAUACAAGAGUUUUAAUUUCCUUUGUUGGGUCUUUCAUA